CUGGCUGUGCGUCACUGUCAUCUCAGUCCGGGUUGUGAUGGCGGAGGCGGACGACACCGACGUAAUGAUGAGCUACCACAGUGAAUUCCUGAAAAGCGACCGAAAAAGCAGCCGCUACCCUUACUGCAUCGUCUGGACGCCGAUUCCCAUUUUAUCGUGGGUGCUCCCCUUCAUUGGACACAUGGGGAUUUGCACUUCUGCUGGCAUCAUACGGGAUUUUGCCGGAUCUUACUUUGUCUCGGAGGACAAUAUGGGCUUCGGUAGACCAACAAAGUAUUGGAAGCUGGAUGUGGAUAAAGUCUGUGGUAACGGUGCAGCUACGUGGGACAAAGCAGUGCACGAUGCAUCUGAGGAAUACAAAUGCAGGCCGCACAACCUGUGCUUUGAUAACUGCCAUUCCCACGUCGCCAUGGCGCUCAACCUUAUGCGCUACGACAACAGCUCAUCUUGGAACAUGGUGAACCUGUGUGCGCUGUCCCUCAUUCACGGGAAACAUGUGAGCUGGGCCGCAUUCCUCAAGACCUGGCUGCCCUUCCUCAUGCUGUGCGGAGUCCUCGCCACGUUCAUCCUCACGUUCAACCUACAGUAGUGCAAUUAGAUGACUCACAGACUUCAGUUCCACUUUCUACAUUGAAUGAUGUGUUUCGACGGGAUUCGUGUUAGUGCAGAAAAUGAAGGGCCGCAUUGUCUGUUGUGAUCUCUAGGAAUCUAGAGCUGGAGGACGUUUAAGGACGAGCUGUCUGUGGUUAGCUGUGAAUUAAGUGAUUAUUUAUGUUUCAACAGUGGAUUUUGUUUCCUUUUACUGAGUGUUAUUUUAGCAAAUCCCCUCCUCAAAAUGCACCAUUACUGUUUUUCACACGGUGGGUUCAGUGUUUCAUGAAGGGAAGAUGAUCUCCUCCAGAUUAGAGCGCCGCAUCCGGGAUGUAUUUUUCAUGAAUGGCCGUGAUGAAUGUGUUUCCAGACUGGCUAAUGUACAUUUCAGUGAUAAAUCGCCGCCAAAUGGAUCAGGAAAUCUUAAUGCCGAAAGUAUUCAUCAAUUAUUUGUCGAAGAGAUAUGAGCCGCUACCAAAGAUAGAAUGAUGAAAGAGCCCACGUGUGAAAAAUUGUGGCAUUGUCCUCCUUUGAAUAUCACUUCCCUCUCGUGUGUAAAGACAGAUGUGUUAAGUUUUAUUAUCAUUAUUUGCUCCAGACAGUAACUGAAUGCUUUCUAACUGCAUCCUCAUGCUGGAAAGUUAAUAUCAACCUGCUGGAUUACACAAAUUACGAGCAAUACUAUGUUGUAUUUUUAUGCAUUAUGUAUUUAUUGAUUUCAUUUUGACGCUAUGUACCUAAAUAAGCAUUAUUUAUUAUUGUAUAUCUUCUUUUUUUUUGUACCUUUUAUUUUUUAUUUGCUGUAUGCACAACCUUUUCCAGUCUCCCCUGGCAGACUGCUGUGUAGGUCACAGGCUGUGGAUGCCCUAAUCGUCCUCUGUACCUUUAAGGGAACCACGCACCUCUUUCAUCCAGCAGAUUCUGCGUGAUACGAACUACCAUCAAUUUACGGGAACCUUUAUUCCCACAGUAGAGCAGCAGAUGAGGAGGGACGGACGCCGGAGCUGCAGUGUUUCAUUAGUUUGUGAGAACGAAAGGUUCCGUUUAUCAAUGCACAUGGAGUCGCCUUUUUUGUCCGCUGUAAUUCUUAUGUGUUGAGAUUUUUUUUUGUUCUAUUUUGUUUUGUUUUUUU